AUGCAUUUCCAGCAAACAGAAUCCGCUGGCCCUGGUGCCGAGCAGAACAACACCAAAACCUUCACAAAGAAAUCGUCCAGUUUGCCAUUCGGCCAGGACCUUUCCUACCAAUCUAUCAGCGGCCCCACCUACCUCACUGCGCAAACUCUCGUUCAGCAGGUCGCAUAUGCCCUCUCAGACAGGAUAUUUGCUUACUCCGCUGAGUCGUUCGACCUGGAUGUAGCAGUCAAGUACUGGCAGGAACAAGGGGAGAAAAAUGCCUUUGGCUACCAAACUGGAGUGUCUUCUUUGGAGACACGGACAGGUGCUGGAGCCAUUGCAUUAGGAUACAUGUUCUCCAAGGACUUCGACUUGAAGAAACGCCAUAUUCCUCAGUCAAUUGUCGCCUCUUCGUCGACAUUGAACUACCUCCGCGCCUCGCUCGAUCAGUUAUCCGCCCUAUACUCGGUUGCAAACCCUCUUACCGCUCACAUUGCUGCUGUCGACUACUCCGCAAACUCGAGCGCUGGUCUUGUCACCGACUAUGUCUCCUCCCUCACACUCGCUGAAGACCUCGGUCUUGGUCUCGUCUGCAGCCCGUCGGUUUUCGAGGCGCAGCACAUGGCUCUCUUUUCCACCUUGCUCUCGAGCGUUCUCCCCACAAUUCACACAUACGAUGGAAUAAGCGUAGGAAGGGAGACAGCUAGACUGGUCGACACACUGGACCAGACUAGGCUAUAUGACAACUACGAGGCGGUACUCAAGGCUGUCUCGGAUGUGGACAAGAAGCACUCGGAUACUGCUGGCCGCGUUCUGCGCUUGCUCCAGGCCUUCAACGACGAGCUCGGUGAGGACUACAAGCUCUUUGACUACUACGGUCAUGAGGAGCCAGAGAGCGUGUUGGUGGUCUUUGGUACCGUCGAGGCAUCUUUGACUGCCCAGGUUGCAACUGCCCUAUCAAAGGACGGAGACAAGGUCGGCGUUAUCAACGUUCGUGUCUACCGUCCCUUUGUAGAGGAGGCUUUCUUGGAAGCGCUCCCCAAGAGCACUCGCCGCAUCGCUGUUCUGGGUCAGGUCAAGGAUGAGGCUGCUGUGCUCGACCCUGCUGAGUACUCCAGACUCUACUCCGACGUUUUGGCGACGAUUCAGUUUGCUUUCGACAGGGACGUCGAAGUGACUGACGUCAAGUACUCGCGCGAGCAGGUCUGGACACCCAGCAACUUCCUUGACGCUUUCCGUCAGAUCCACGCAGAGAAGGCCGGAGCCGAAGUGCGCUCAUACGUCGACAUCUUGAACACUGCCGACGUCAAGCAAUACUCUUUCUGGAACUUGGACGAGUCUCUAGCAGCAAAUGCACCCGUCGUGAUUGGAAAGCUCUUCUCCAACGACUCUUCAAAGAACGUAUUCGUUCGCAGCGGCCAUGACAACCUGGUUCAGGGCGGUGUUACUCGCACGGACAUCCGCAAUGCCGACUACACAAUCGAAGCACCAUAUGCUGUAGAGCAGGCCGAUGUCGCUUUCAUUGGCGACUUGGCCAUUCUCAAAGAGUUUGACGUGCUGAACAGUGUAAAGGCGGACGGCACCGUUAUUGUCAAGCUUCCUGGCGUCAAGGAUGAGGAUAUCGAGAAGAAGCUGUCGCCUGCUUUCCGCAAGACGCUCGUUGGCAAGGAUAUUGAGCUUUUCGUGCUUGACCCUGCUCUUUCCGAAGCCGUUGCUGAAGAUGAAUCUCUGGAAUCCUACCUCACCCAGCUAGCCUUCCUGAAGAUUGCCCGUGAGGAUCUUCUGACCUCUGGUCUGUCCAAGCUUGCUGCUAUCAACGGCGACUCUGAAGUGUUUGAGAAGCUUAGCAAGCAGCUUGAAAGCGCUCUCCGUCAAAUAGAUGUCCCUGCUGCCUGGGGCACUGAAGAAGAAGACUCUGAGCCUACUACUCUUCCCGCGGACAUCAACAUCAACAGCUUUGCUCCGUUCAACCGUAUUGAGCCCGAGCCUCCAACCCUGCUCAAGAACUGGGAGGUCGCAGCCAAGGGCUAUGCCUUCAAGGAGGCUUUUGGAACCGCCAACCAGGUCCGUCCCGAUCUUGGUGUCAAGACUAGCAUCGUGCAUGUCAAGGAGCGUCGCCGUCUUACCCCGCAAAAUUACGAUCGUAACAUCUUCCACAUAGAGUUCGACCUUGGCGACUCCGGUGUUACAUACGCUAUCGGUGAGGCUCUCGGUAUUCAUGCUGAGAAUGACGAGAGGCAAGUCGACGAGUUCAUCAAGUGGUACGGUCUCAACCCCAACGAGGUUGUGGAGGUGCCUUCCCGCGAGGACCCCAACGUGCUUGUGAACCGUACUGUCUACCAGUCUCUCAUCCAGAACGUCGACAUCUUCGGUCGCCCUCCCAAGAAGUUCUACGAAGCGCUCGCCGAAUUCGCCGAUAACGAUGCUGAGAAGCAGGAGCUUCGUCAAAUUAGCAGCCCAGAGGGUGCUACGGAGUUCAAGCGUCGCGCUGAGAUGGACACCGUCACUUAUGCUGACAUCCUGCUUGACUUCCCAUCUGCCCACCCAAGCUUCCACGAUAUUGUCCGUAUCGUCAACCCCAUGAAGCGCCGCGAAUACUCUAUCGCCUCAGCCCAACACGUAACCCCCAACUCUGUCUCCCUGCUCAUCGUCACUGUCAACUGGGUCGACCCCAAGGGCCGCGACCGUUUCGGACAAGCAACCCGCUACCUCAACAGCCUCAAGGUCGGCUCUCCCGUUACCGUCUCUGUCAAGCCCUCGGUUAUGAAGCUCCCCACCAAGACCACAGCGCCCAUCAUCAUGGCAGGUCUCGGAACCGGUCUCGCCCCCUUCCGCGCCUUUGUCCAAGAGCGCGCCUACCAAAAGCAGCAAGGCCACGAAAUCGGCGAGAUCCUUCUCUACAUGGGCUCCCGCCACCAGCGCGAAGAGUACCUAUAUGGCGAAGAAUGGGAAGCCUACCAAGAUGCCGGUAUCAUCACUCUUCUCGGUCGCGCCUUUUCUCGUGACCAGCCUCAGAAGAUCUACAUCCAGGAUCGCAUGAGGGAGUCGCUCAAGGAUAUCAGACGUAGUUAUCUCGAGAAGGAGGGUAGUUUUUACCUUUGCGGUCCUACUUGGCCUGUGCCGGAUGUUACCGAGGUGCUGCAGGAGGCGGUUGAAGUGGAGCAUAAGGCUAAGAGCGCGGUUGGGGCGAAGAAGAUUGAUAGCAGAAAGGAGAUUGAGAAGUUGAAGGAUGAGGGGAGGUAUGUGCUUGAGGUUUAUUAG